AUGGAUACCCUACAGAUAGCACAAGAGCAGCGCAUCGCUGAACGCCGCAACCGCAUUCGUCGAAAUAUGGAGAACGCGAUGCUGCCACAGUCGAGCGCCAGCAAAGAUAUCGCGGGCAUGGCCUCAUCUCCGGAGCCGCGGUGGGAAGGCGAAACGGCAGCGGACGAAGCUGAGCGGGUGAUGCGCGAGAUUCUCGAUGACGCGACGCGCGCGGUAACUGAGUUUAGAGUGAAGGCCGACGUCAGCGAGGCUGAACGGCGCGAGAAGGAGGAACAACGAACAAACAUGUUGAAGGAUGAAAUAGGCUGCGCGGCUCAAGAAACGGAAAUUAGAUUUAACGCGAUUGCCCUUCGUUUUGAGACCCUUCACAACCAGACUGUUCCCCAUGAACUUCGGGACGCUUUAAUAGAGCAAGAGAAACAGUGUGGUGAGUUGCUCGAUAGCAAAGAUGUGAUUCUGCAGAAGCUUCAAAGCCACUUGGAUGAAAAGGAAGAUGAGUAUGUCCAACUUCUAAAGCAAAACAGGGCGGACGUCGAGGAGAUGGUGCAGACAAUGCGCCGGAAAACGGAUGAAAUCCUUGAUGCAUACGCGCUACAGCUUGAUAUGGUCGAGAAGACCUACGAGAAGGAGCGUCGUGAGAUGAUGGAGAAGCAAAGUGAGGAAAUCCAGCAGCUCAUCAAAACGCGCCGGACGCGUGAAACGGACUAUCGUAAGGCGCGGGAAGCAAAGCUGCUGGAGACGCAAGCCAAGCUGGCGGAUAAGUACGAAGAAAGCUACGAGGAAUUUAAUGAAGCAAAGAAAAAGUACCUUGAAGAUAUGGGAGCCCUCGCUGAAGAGCUCGCCAAAUGCAAAGCGGACUUCAUGCUGAACGGUGAACGGCUCAAUUACAACCUCCAGGUCCUGCGGGAGCGCCUGAAGGAAAACAAGGUGGUGCAGAGCCAAUACAAACGCAAGUUAGCCAGACUUCAGGAAACCCUAAGCAACCUCGUGGUGCGGCAUCGGGAAUCGGAGAGUAAGUACCAGCGGGCGAAUAAAAACCUAACCGCCCAGCUCCACCGCGCCAGCGCCCACUACAGGGAUAUCCAGCACAAGUUUCAGCUCUUUGAGAAGACCGACAAGGCGAAGUAUCGACAGCUGCACAACAUGCACAACCAGCAGUGCAAGCGGUUGGUGCACCGCUGCCUGCAAGUCGACCGGGUGAUCUUCGAGGAUAUCCUCAACGUCCCGUGGAGCCCGCCGGAUCUGAAGUUCUGGCCGGAGGAGCAGGAAGACUUGGAAGGGCUGGAUGUCGGCGCCGAGGCCGCGGCCGCGCAGGCGCCGAUUGAGCUCGACCCCCCCGCCCGCAUGAUGCUGCAGAUGCUGCGUAGCCAGGCGCCCUUCCUCGUCGAUGCGAACGUCCACGCCGCGAUCCAGGCGGUUCAGGGCACCACCGAGGAGCAAGCCGACGUCGAGGCCAUCCUAACCACGCUGAAGCUGAGCAAGACGGAUGAGGUGCAGGAUAUGCUGGAGUUCUUUAUGGUGGAUCGAUACGAUGCCGGUGAUGCGGUGGCGCUUAUUAGUCCACAAGAGGCCGUCCAUGCCCUCAUUGCAUUCUUAGAAGAGCGCAAAAACAGGGAGAAGUUGGAGUGCCAGGAUGAUGCAGAAGGAGGGGGUGCCCAAGGCCAGGGCAAGAACACUCCCGACUCCAGGAGAAUAGCCGCCGACAAGAAGAAAGCUGAAGAACGACACAUGGCGGAGGUGGAUUAUUGGAAAAAAUUGGCGGAGUGCGUCCCGGCGGAACACUUGCAGAUAUGGGACGCGUUAGAGAAGGGCCUUGAACAAUAUCUUUCCCAACUUCGGCAGCGCAAAGCACUUAUAGAGAGCACCGAUACGCUUCGGGUACAGAAUCAGGAGCUUAAAGAUCUCCUGCAGGAAUACAUGCGAAGCAACAUAAACUAUGAAUUGUGUGCACCUCCUCAAUUGAUCAUGCAAAACGGGCAUGUAUGA